AAAGCAUGCUAUCGCCAACGUUUUGACCAAACCCUGUGCGAUUCCUUUUCUGUGCAACUUCCUUUCCUCACCUCUCCUCCUGUUUUGUUCCCUGUCUUUUUUCUGAAACUCAAAACAAAGAAGGCAAGUUGUUCCAAACUUUCUAUUCAAAAACAUCAACGGCUUGAUAUCUGGUGAUUUCUGUUUCUAUUCCACCGUUCAAAGUUUUAAUCUUCAAACCACCCAAAGAAACCCUGCCAGCAAUGGAUCAAUCUCCCAAAACUCAAAGCAAGGAAAGAAAAACAAUCUACCCUAAGGUGAAGGUGAGGGAACAGGAUCAAGAUGAUGGUGAAGAACUAUAUGAUCAGAAAAGACUAAGAGGGUACUUGAUGUCUUUGAAAGAUGUUCAGUAUCUGUCCUUGCAUGAUCCUGCAAAAGAAAAUCAUUUUGUGUCCCCAAGGCUGGUAGCAAGAAUUUCCAAGUCCUAUGUACCAGAUUUGGUGAGGGAUUCAGUUUCUGCAGCACAAGGUAGGAGUUUUUCCUUAUAUGAUUCAUAGCAAACUUCCAUAGGCUUCCAUGUAUUUAGUUCUUCUUAUGAAUCAGUCUGCCUCUUUUGCAGGAGUAGAAAACGAUAACAAAGGAGAUCAAGAGGAGAAUAGACCCAAUAUUAGAGUCAGUUCAAUCCCACGCCCGAGGGCUGUCUUGUCGAGUCCUGGUAACUCACUCCAUCUUUGCUUCACUACUAAAUGGAAGUUCUGUCUUUCUCUGUGUUUCUUCUCCUGAUCCUUUAUCAAGAUCAAGUAGCUAUUGUAGUUUGGCUAAAAUUUACUUUCAUUCACCUAGUGUUUAAUGCUCUGUACCAACAACGCUCUUCUUUUGUGGUAGAUGGAGGGAGGAGCCAAAUUAUGUAAUGGUUUUCUGGAAUAGAAUGUAUUUGCGGAGUGAAUAUGGCAAAAUAAUUUGGUUCUGGGGCAUAAUUUCAGUUGCAUUUGUUUCCUGUGCAUGAAUGAGUUUGGAUGUUAGUCUGUUUACAUGCUACAUUUUUCUCUGACUUGUGGUUUUUUUUGUGAUUUGAAUUUAGACAAUGAUGAGGUGAUUGGAAAUAGAAACAAGAUUAAAGCUGAACAUGCACCAGCUGCAAAGAAUCACAAUCAGGGUAUUGUUCAAAAUAGACACACAAUCCGAGGCCACAGCUGCUCUGGAAACACUAUUAACUCAAGGAAGUCCAAGGAUUCUGCUGAUUGCAAUGUUAAUCUUUCAGAAAAGAAGGAUUCAGGGAUGAGAGUUUCUAGUCAGAGAAGAAAAGUUAAAACUCAAAGACCAGCCUGGCAAGAUCCUUAGACGAUUUGCCGUUCUGAUGAUCAGCAAUUACACACGUAAUGGAUUUUACUGAUUUAGAGAGUUGUUUCCUUUUUCCUUUUUAGAUCUUUCAGAUAUGGAGAUGUGGAGAUAGAUUACACUUUUGUUACAAACUUCUAAUUGUACUCCCACAAGAUAAUUCAAAGAAGCUAUCUUAUGCCAUCCGUAAGUGUUUUUUCCUUCUCUUCCAUCUCCUGAUAUCAUUCACACUGCGGCUAGUAACAUUUUAGGAUCAAGGAAAAAGAUAACAUUAUAUCAGAAAACACAGGAGAAACAGAGAAGGCAGCCAAUGCCAUGUAUUGUAAUUUGUAUGCGCUUUUUUAAGAAAAUAAGUUGUUCAUU